UUCUUUGAAUGACAAAACAUAACCUCAAUCUUUCAGAGAAAAAUAUUUUUCUUCAAACUUUCUCUUCAAGUUUUCCCCAGGAAAAAUAUGCUAGUUCGUCACAUUUUGGGGAAAAAUCUCACAAGAAUAAAUUAUCAUGUGGGCAAAACAGCCGGAAGGUUCUUCUCUAAAAAAUCCGGAAACGAUAGUUCAUCAUCAGAUUCCGACGAUGAGGCUGUGAAGACGAAAAAACCCCAACCGGGAGUAUCGAGUAAUCGCCUCAAUGAACUUCUGGCAAGUAUGAAGGUGGAGGAUAAAGCAUUGGGAGGUAAAUCUCUCGAUGUGACUCCCGGUAGUUUGAGGAAGCGCAAAGAGCGUGCCGUGGAAGCGGCACAGGGAAAAGUUGAGGAAGCUCAGGACUUGGAACAGGCAACGAAGAAUGUUGCGGAAUCCCUGGGAGGAGAUGUGAGGCAGACUGAAUCUGAGCUACUGAGAAAACUCCUUGAUAUCUCCAAUCAAGCAAGUGAGGCAAAGAUUCGCUCAGAUGCUGCGCAGGAUUCCUCAAAAUUGAAUGAUAUCAUUGUUGGCAUGAAGAUUGAAAGGACAAAGAAAGCACCCGGAAGGGAAGCCACGGAUGGGAAAAUUCCCAAAAGAGGUGAUUCUGCCAGAAGGAGUGACGGCGGUGAGAAGAGUUUCUCCCGUGAGGCGACUGCCACAAGAACCAAAUCACCCAACAUAGAAAACUUCGACAGAGUUAAUCUUUGGGGUGCUCAACCGCUGAAUCUAUUCCCGAAGGAUGUCAAAGAACUCGAGGAUCCCCUGAAAAUUUGGUCUUUGCUCCAGCAACGAGAGCUUCAGGCAUCAUUUGAGUCCCCACCGCGGAAUUACUUUGAGAAGAUGCAACGAUGGACUAAUGAGGGGAAAAUCUGGCACUUCCCCAUUGACAAUGAGCAAGGCCUGGAGGAAGAAAGGAAGAUCUACUUUGCAGAUCAUGUCUUCCUGGAGCCACACAUUGAAUCGUGGUGCCCCAAAGUGGGCCCCGUGAGGCAUUUUAUGGAACUUGUCUGUGUGGGCUUGUCCAAGAAUCCCUACAUUACGGUUAAGGAGAAACUUGAUCAUCUUACGUGGUUCGAGGAGUAUUUUGAAUCAAAGAAGGAACUCCUGAAGGAAAUUAUCAUUCAGGAUGGGGAAGUUGGCAAGGAGAAAAUUGAGGGGAGCCCUCAAAACAAAUAAGCCUUCAAAAUUGUUUUUAGUUGUAGAAUAAAUAAUAAAAAAAAAGAUCAAAAAA